AUGAUAUUAUUGACAUGCCUACUAGACAGGCUUUGUUCAUUCAAAUAUGUGAGUGAAGAGUUGGCCAAAAAAGACGAUUUGCUUUUACUCUUCAUUGGUUCAUCAUCUUCUUUACCGGUUGAGAAUGUACUGUGGCGGAAGACUACGGCACGAACACUUGAAGCUUUGGCGGCAAAGAGCCUCACUCCGACCGUGAUAAAGUACAUAUCUACAAAGGAAUGCAUUCGCACUUACAUAACGAAUAUAAAAUCUCCUAAGCUUGAACCGCAGGAAGCCUCAGAAAUGAUUGUUUCUUUGCUGUGUGUUUUAAAAGAAUCGGCAAGGCAGACAAACCAGCUGGUUGAAAAUUUUAGUCAAUCAAACGGAUACCUCGCCAUCAAGGAUUUUAUACUAAAAAACGAAAAUUGCGAAGAAAUAGCUCGAAACAUACUUCUCAUGUUAAUAUCUGUUAUUACAAAUGGUCCACUAGAAAUUAAACCUCAGCAUUCAUCAGGGCUUGUGCAACUUCCAUCGUUCCACUUACCAAAUCCUUCUGGCCAUGGGCUUUCUGUUCGCAAUAUCCAGGCAUUCGGUCUGAUUCACAAGGUAUUCCUUGAGAGCCAGAAUCCUAAAAUUUGUGCUAUAGCCAUAGACAUUGUCCACUCCAUAUAUACUUGUGAUUCCGCGAACUACUUCAUUCUUGAUAAAGAAUAUCCUCUCGCGUUGUUCAUAGAACAGAUGGACAGGAAAGAUGAAGUUGUGAGAGGCAAAAUUUUCGAGCUCGUGGAGCACUGUGUGUUCCACCUCAACUAUAUCCCGUGCAAGGAGCUGAUAGGCAUAUGUGUUCAAAUGAAAACAGAGUUGGCUGCUGGUCAGCAGAGUAUUUGCAUCUCUGGUGUUCAGGCCGCAUUUCGCCUUCUAACCGUCGACUCCGUCAUCAAGGAUGCAUUUCGAGAAGUUGGUCUCCUAGACACCCUUUGCUACAUAAUCAACAAUCUGUUCGCACAGUAUAAACGUAAGAAUACGUCGAUUUGCAGCGUUGCUUCAAGCCGUGUAUGCUGUUCCAUGAUUACUGUUCAUUUUAAUUUAGAGCGGAAUCUCAAUGAGGAUGAGAAGAAACUAGCACUUCUGGCUACUGAUCUCUUGACUGUUAUAAUAAAAGGAAAUCUGGAAAAUGCUAGGAUGUUUUCCGAUUGUUUUGGAGCUCGUACAUUACUCAGCGUGCUCACUGUAGUGACUGGUGAAUGGCGGAGUAGUAGCUUACAGCUUCUCAAACAGCUUCUUCUAUUGGCUUCAACGGAUCAGUAUAUCGCUGGAGUUAUUCAGGUUAUCAGCCAAGUUGGUCCUCAGCAACAACUAGAAUUCAAUGUGGACCUUUUAAAAACCGUGUUGGGUGUUCUUCGCGAAAGUCACAAGGUGCGGGUUCAAUUUCGGAAAACUGGUGGCUAUCUUGGACUCAUCUCGAUGCUUCUUGGUUUGGAGGGAGCUUUCACGAGGGCUGAAGGUGUCAAAGGCACAAUCGCUACCGAAGCUGUGGAGUUGCUUGACUUCAUUCAUCUAAUAUUCAAAGUGCUUACCAUAAGCAUGAGGUUCGAACCGUCAAAUGCCAAGUAUUUUUCCGUUGAGGUGAAUUGGGAUAGCAUUACAACCGUGCUUCGACUCAUGGGCGCUUUCAGCGACAACACGAUUGUAAAUGUUACUGACCCCGAAUGGCGGUUGCAGGGAUCUGAGCUUAAAGACGAACUAGCUGCCUGUCAUGCGGUUUUCAAAAUGGACGAGGACAUACAGUCAGGCUCAAAAUUCCGCCUAAUACUACGAACUAUUCUACUCAACAGAUCUGUCCCUGCCGGCAUGCCGCCCUCGAUUUUCUUUGCCUGUUACAUCAUUCGGCUUUUGUUCAACAUGGCACUGGAUAACUAUGAGAAAAUGUCUUCCGAUGUGACCUGGACAUCAUCUGAGGGUUCGCUGGAGGACUGCAUUGUCUCAUGGACUUCUUCUGUUCUGGUACACCCUGGAGCUGUUCAGUCAAUUCUUUCUCUUUUGCCAUCAAUACAUUCGGAAAAUAUCAAGUGGGUUGUUGCCGCACAAUACUACAGCGGUCUGCUUUUGAAAGCGCUUCUAAAACCGGAGAGGAACCAGCAACUUAUGUGCCAAGUGGACAUGCCUCGUCAUUUGUUAACAAUUGCUUCAAAGCUAUUUUUGUGUGAAGAUCAUAUCCUACUCCAUCCCUUCUAUUACGUUCUGGAACGUUUGUCGUAUCAGUCCAUGCAACCGAGUCAGCUAAGGAACUUCCUGCGCCUCGAUUUACCUCUCUGCUGUCGUAACUUGGAUGAAACCAAUGGUGAUGAGCCUCCAAGGGCAAACGAAGGAGGUCCAGUGCCACUGCAAAGGGUCAAAGCGUUGGUGUCUAUGAUGACUCCGCGCGACCAACGCCUCUCCCAUGCACCGUCCUUCGUUGAAACCGAUCUAGCCAUGGAAGGAUUUGGCUGUCUAUUCAUACCGUCGCUGGCCCCGCUUUUUUCGUCAAACCGAUCUGAAAGGGUGUUUCCGCCUUUGAACGGAAUUUCUUUGUCAACCUGGUUGUAUAUUGACGCGUUUUCUGACAAGAAAGUGGAUGCUCAUCCUCUCAGGCUGUUGACCAUUACACGGACAGUAACAUGGCAGGACGACCGGCGUAAGCAGGGACCCUGCCAUCUCGCCUGUCUAACAAUCCAGUUUAGCCCGAUUGAUAGAAGUUUACUCAUUUCUACUGAUGAGCACGAAAAUCCAGGUGGCGAUCUCGAGAAGGAAGCCAAAAUUCCGUCGGAAAAGGCGAUACGAGUCACGUUGGCCGACAUUAUUCGACCUUUGGAAUGGAUUCACAUCUGUGUGGUGCUCUCGCGAUCGGUGCUGAAACCUAGUCAGGCUACUGUCUAUAUCAACGGACGUGCUGUUUCAACACAACGGCUGCAGUAUAUCGUUCAAACAGCUGGAGGUGCAGCAACUCAAUUGGCACAUACACAUGUUGUAAACGCUGUCAUUGGUACUUUACCAGCGAUGCGGCGGCCAAGUCGUUUACGAUAUCGACUGGCAUCUACUUUUCUUAUCGAAGAGCCACUGACGGCAGAACUAGUGCGCAGCAUUUACGAUUUACAGCCACAUUACGUAGGCAGUCUUCAAGCGGUCGGACAAGAAAGAACAUCUCUUGUUCAAGAAGAAAAGAUUGUUCUUGCCCUAAACGGCAUGGCAACGAGCGAGAUGACACUGGCGAAAAUUCGAACUGUGCACAACAAGAUGGACGCUGAAAUUUUGGCACCUCAUUUGGGCAUAUCAUCGAGCGACAACAGCACUCCUCUGCGAAUCAUGACCAAUACCGUUGCUCACGCUCCAGGCGCCGGUAGAGCAUUUGGAGCAGUGAUAAUUGGGUACCUUGGUAUGCGUACGUUUAUUCCUCGACCGGUUCCGCGUUUGCUCGAUUCCAUGGGUGGAUACGCUUGUUUGUACGGUCUCGUAGCUAUGGCUACUGAUUCCGAAGGUCUAUACGCCAGCUUGAAAGCAGUUGUGUCGGCUGUAAGGUCAAAUAGCAAUCUACAAGCGACUCUUCAUGCAAACAGGGCUUAUCAGACGCUGGCGGUGCUUCUCGAAGACAAGGCGAAUCUCCUAAACUCUCAUAUCAUGCAUAUGAUAUUCAGCAUGGCUGGCACUUUGGAUACUGCUAGGGAAAUAGCUACGAUUCCAAAUGCACAGGCUUUCGAGGAUCUGCUAUGCGACCUAGAUAUUUGGGAGAAAGCUCCUGAAGAGCAGCAUAGAAUGCUUUAUGAACAUUUCUACGAGUUGAUUACAGAUCACGAGCGAGAAAAUCUCACCAUUGUUCGACGGUCACCGCUUCUCUCGCGUUUGCUCUUCACAAUGUUCGAUCGUCCUCAUCUGCUGUGGUCUACUAAUGAGAUUGUGUUCAAUUUGCUAUCGGCGAUUGUACAGCCCCAGUGCGAUAAUCGGAGUAUUCUGAAGCUCGGUCAGGCUAUCGCAGCGACAUUGCCGACAACCGUUGAAGACCUCUCUUUGGAAUCCAUGUUUCCGUUUCACAUUUCCGAGAUGCAAAACCAACUACUAGCAAAUCAGAAGCCAGAUGAAGGUAAACCAUGUGCGCUGUACUUGGUCUACGUAAGAAAUCGUCUGCUAAAUAUGAUCGCCAAUUUCCUAUCGCACUCUAGUCCGCCACUCAACCAGCACAUGUCGGAGCAAAUAGUUCGUGUUCUUGGUUUCGACUGGAUUUAUUGCCUUCUAUCGCCCGGUGUUCAUUCAGGAACAGUAUUCCUAGCACUCAGAAUUCUUCUGACCCUCGUGGCGCAUCCUCAUUUGCUAUCGAAAUUCCGGGAAGGCACAGGGAGUGGUGGCUGGUUGACGGAUGCGGACUCAGUUGUACGAAAUCGAGCUGCUGUGGUGUUAGGUUUUUCUGUAUCUGCACACGGUGGAGCAGUCGGCAGCAAGAUAGAUAUCAAUCCAGAACUGCAAAACUGUGCGGGUUUCGCGGCGUUAGAGCAUUUGAUGGCUGCUCAUGCAGACAAACCCCACGCAUACCUUGCUAUGUUAGCAAUACUCGUUGGCCAGCCCGUGAAAGAUCUUCGAUUUUGUGAAAAUUUCAAUGUGGACCAAAUAUGGACACAUGUCUUUGGACUGGCGCUGAAUAGCUCCGUCUAUGAAGCAAUCAAGUCAGCAGAGUUCUGCUAUGAUGCGCUUAUACCACUUCUAGCAAUGGUCAGAGCCUGCAUCUAUUCCGGCAAUGAGGCUCUGCAAGGAUGGCAUGCCGAUUACCCAUCAGCUGUUGUGCAAAUGAUUACAUUCCUUUAUCAGAAUUCUCCCAACUUUUUUGCAAUUGCUCACUCGGAAGAAUUCGUUCUUGCAAUGUUCUCUAGUCUGAUCCAGGAUACUAACGCAAUGGGAGUUAAGUCAGAGGCAGCCGACAAAAAUACCGUUGGAACACCUGAACUUGAGAAAGUACAAGGAGUGCUAGCUUUGCCAAGCGUGAAAGCAGUCCUCGACUUCAUGAAGAAGUUGUUUUGUGAUGAUUUUCAAGUUGCGCCUGGAAGUCGGGCGGACAGUUUGAUCGACGUUAUUACUGAAGUUUUCGAGCAUUUAUUAAGCACUGAUCUCUUGGUUUCGUCAUCCCUUCCCCCUAACGCUCCUCCUCAGUCGUUGGCUCAGGUGGGAGUUAACAUUUCGUACAUGGCUCUUCGUGCAGUCGACUGCCUUUGGAAUGGUUUUAUAGUCGGUGAACCACUCCGAUUAUUACAACUUCUUUACAGUGUCUACUCGAUAGCUAGUCGCAAAGAGAAUAAGGAAAUUAAUUUGGAUAGUCUAACAUCGUCCAUUAUGCGGUGUGUGUUGUAUAUACUGAGUCGACCAAUUGAAAAUGUGCAAGUGCAAAUGUCCGUGUUGGAUACUCUGUCGUCUAUUGUGACAAAGCGGUAUAUUUUCCUCUCGUCGAACGAGAGUUGGUUCUUCACAUCUCUCACUCAUCUAAUCUUCAUGCUCAGCGUAACACCAGAUAUUAUGCAGCAGGAGAACGCUCCUCUUGAAAAAGCUAGUGCACAGGUUGCUGUGUGUGCUAGCCGUGUGUGGACUGAUGUCAUCUCGUCAAAGAAAGCUUUACUUGAGGAAGCUUUCAAGAAACCCACUGUUUGUGAAUUGAACGCUGCACGAGCACUGUUGGCUAAUGUGGCAGGUCAGCACUGGCAUCAGUUUGUUGACAGUCAACUGUCUGGGACAUAUCCGAACCAUACCAUUUCAAGAGAUAUUCAAACACAAAUCAGUUCGAAAAUCACCCGAGUUGCUUCUGGACUACAUAAAUUGUCAAUGGCAAGUAGGAGAACAUUGAGCUCUCAUGGUAGUGUGACUUCCAUGUUGCCUUGGAAGAAUGUAAGCGUCGAUAAAGAGUUCACGUCGAGUCUGGUGAAAGAGCUGGUUGUAGCACAAGCAACACGAUAUCACGAAUGGCAUGCACACGCUAAGAAAUGGGCUCUACAUGAGUGGCAUCAGUUGGAAGCUGAGCUCACUCGAGAGCGGGGCAUAUGGGGGCCUGAAAAAGCGUCCGUGCUGGAUAAGUACAAACUGGACACGACGGAAGGUCCAUCGCGAACUCGUCGCAAGAUGAUACCCAAUCGGUUUUUCUAUCACACAUUCCCUUAUCGCCCUCACUUGGAUGAGCCGAGUGCGAAAGCAAUGCGUGCAAAGGUGGCGAUAUCUCGUGAUAGUGAGUUAUACUACAACGCGUGUCGGAAAAGACGUGGGCGAAUAAUGGACUCCCGCAUAAUCGACUACUCUGUUGCCAUCUCGACGCCAUCUGAAGAAAAACCUGCCUUCACCUUUUGUGAUCUAGCACAAAUUAACUCAUCGCUUAUUCGUCGGCUCUCCCUUCGACCGCACAUUGAAACAUCACCGUCUCCUGCUGUCGAAGAUAAUGGGAAGGAGAACGAGAAUGUUGACGAAAAUGGAACGAAAGAGCCUUCAGUGGAACUCGAAGAAGAACAACAGGAUGAAUCAUUGGCCAGUGAUAAACCAAUGUCAGAAAGUCGUGAGGAAGUAAAGGAGGAGGAGAAAAAAGAUAAUGAGAACCGAAAAAAACGCGGACCGGAUAAUCAGACGCUGUUGCGACUACUGGAGCAGGGCGAGCAGUUACAUAGCAUGUUCCGUUGCGCUAGAAUUCAGGGUCUUGAAACUUCCGAAGGGUUACUGCUAUUUGGACGGGAGCACUACUACGUUGUCGACGGUUUUACUCUUCUGAAAACGAGAGAGAUUCGCGACCUAGACUUUUUGAGCUCAGAGCUUCAUGAUCCAAUCGUUCCUUACACGGCUACGGGUGCAACGCAUCCACCGCGAUCGUCGCGCCUCUGCAGCAAAUUCAGCUACGAGGAUAUCCGAGAGGUCCAUAAACGAAGAUAUCUUCUGCAGCCAAUCGCUCUUGAAGUAUUCAGUGCUGAUGGCCGAAACUACCUUCUGGCAUUUCCCAAGAAAAUGCGGGAUAGGGUGUACGAGAAGCUUCUGUCAAUGGCUAAAGGUUUGACGGCUGGUGGCACUGAUUCUGUCGGUGGUCAAAAGGCAACCAUGGCAAUCGAACAGAGUGGCAGAGCAUCGCUGUUAAAUUCAAUUAUCGGUCAGCAGUCGGUAACUCAGAGAUGGUUGAAUGGGCAAAUAAGUAACUUCCAGUACUUAAUACAUCUGAACACGCUGGCAGGAAGGUCCUACAAUGAUUUAUCGCAGUACCCAAUAUUGCCUUGGGUGUUAGCGGACUACUCGUCGUCCACUCUUGAUUUCACGAAUCCGAAGACGUUCCGCGAUUUGUCAAAACCCAUGGGAGCGCAACAUCCGCAGAGGCUUGAGCAGUUUUUGAAGAGGUAUCGAGAGUGGGAUGAUCCUACUGGAGAAACGCCUCCUUACAUGUACGGCACCCACUACUCUUCGGCUAUGAUUGUAGUUUCAUAUCUUGUUCGACUAGAACCCUUCACUCAACAAUUUCUCAGUCUUCAGGGUGGUCAUUUUGAUCUCGCGGAUAGGAUGUUCCAUAGUAUCGGCGAUGCGUGGGUCAGUGCAAGCCGCAAUAACAUGGCUGAUGUUAAAGAACUGAUCCCGGAAUUUUUUGUGUUACCGGAGUUGCUGCUGAACAAAAACAGAUUCGAUUUCGGAGUGAAGCAGAACGGUGUUGCAUUGGAUGAUGUUGUUCUCCCUCCAUGGGCCCACGGUGAUGCGAGGGAGUUCAUUCGGCUCCACCGUCAGGCUUUGGAAUGCGAUUACGUGUCGUCUCACCUGCAUGAAUGGAUCGAUUUAGUUUUUGGAUAUAAGCAGAACGGCGAAGAAGCUGUCAAGGCCAAUAAUCUCUUCCAUCAUCUGUUCUACGAAGGCAGUGUAGAUUUCGAGUCAAUUAUAGAUCCCCUGACAAGAAAUGCCACGAUUGGUAUGUUAAACUGA